AGGCCUUGUGAAGCGCAAAGUGUCAUGUACGUUCGUGAUAAGCCCUGUCAUCAAUUAAAAAUGCCAAACACAUUGAGAGUCCGUUGUAUUUUUAUUGGCAUGAAUAAAACUCAGUCAAAAUGAAACUGGUUGAUAAAAAUAUCGACAAGGAUGGUGAGGGUUCGAUAACCCUCAUCCCUGAGGAGCCUGAGGAUAUGUGGCACGCCUACAACCUCAUAUCAGAGGGUGAUUCUGUCCGUAGCUCCACCAUACGUAAAGUACAGUCAGAAUCAUCAACAGGCUCCUCCACUUCUAACCGAGUGAGAACAAUGUUGACCAUCAGUGUGGAAAACAUUGACUUUGACACACAAGCAUGUAUGCUUAGACUUAAAGGCAGGAAUAUUGAGGAGAAUCAAUAUGUUAAGAUGGGUGCCUAUCACACUCUAGAUCUCGAAAUGAACAGAAAAUUCACCUUAAGAAAACCAUUAUGGGACUCAGUUUGUUUAGAAAGAGUGGAAUUGGCUGUUGAUCCCACAAAAAGUGCUGAUGUUGCUGCAGUCAUUAUGCAAGAAGGUUUGGCACAUGUGUGUCUCAUCACAUCCAGCAUGACUCUUGUGAGGGCCAAAAUAGAUUGUAACAUUCCUAGAAAGAGGAAGGGAUUUGUGCAACAACAUGAAAAGGGUUUGGCAAAAUUCUAUGAUAAUGUUAUGCAAGCCAUUGUAAGGCAUGUUGACUUCAACAUUGUAAAAUGUGUUUUAAUUGGAUCUCCAGGAUUUGUAAGGGAUCAGUUUUAUGAGUAUAUGUUCAGGACUGCUGUAAAAACUGACAAUAAGAUACUGCUGGAAAACAAAUCAAAAUUCAUGCUGGUUCAUGCUUCAUCAGGUUUCAAGCACUCCCUGAAAGAGGUGUUACAAGAUCCAUCAGUUAUAAGCAAAAUUUCUGACACUAAAGCUGCUGGAGAAGUGAAAGCUUUAGAAACAUUUUAUACAACCCUACAAUGUGAGCCUGCCAAAGCAUUUUAUGGUAAAAAGCAUGUGGAGGCAGCUAGUGAAGCUCAAGCCAUAGAGACUCUAUUAAUUUCUGAUAAUUUAUUUAGAUGCCAGGACGUCAAUCUUCGUAAAGAAUAUGUUAAUUUAGUGGAUUCUGUUAGAGAAUCAGGGGGCGAGGUAAAAAUUUUCUCCAGUCUUCACAUAUCAGGCGAGCAACUAGAACAAUUAACCGGGAUCGCAGCAAUUCUUCGAUUUCCCAUGCCCGAAUUGGAAGAUGACGAUAGUGAAGCUGAAGACUAAACUAAAUAACUAAAUUUAUUUGCUAGCAAUUUUGUUAAUUAAUUGAGGUCCUUUAUAAAGAAUAUUUAUUUAUUCCAAGACACUUUAUUUGUUGAAUGUGUUUUAUUUUUUAAAUGGUUAUUUAAAACGGUGAUUGUUCCGCUAAAUAUUCGCAAAUGGACCAUAUUUUAAUUACUAAUUGUUGUUUUAAGAUAUAAUGUAACUAUGUCAGUUUUAGCAAAUUGUUGUUAUUGAUUUUAUUUUCUCGCUCUGUAUUAUAUUAAAGGUGUACAUUGUCUCAUUUAGAAAAUGUACUUUCUAAUUUAUUUAUGUAAAAACCAGAUUAUUUUAAGUAAGUACUUUAUAUAAUAAAAGUGGC